UGAAGAGGCUAUAUGUGCUCCCUCCCCUUGCUCCUCUCAAUUUUAAAAAAGAAACCUUAUCUGGUGGCGAUUUUGACUCGGGUUCUCCACAGGGUUGGAGCUAGAUGUCUCUUGAUGGUGGUGAAAUGAAUGUUUCCCUGAUUUUCCAGGGAGUGCUCCCUCUUUUCAGUGAUGGAGGUAUUGCAGUGUGAUGGCUGUGACUUCCGUGCCGACUCAUAUGACGACUUGAAGACCCACAUUCAGGAAGUGCACACUGUUUUCCUGCAGCCUGCAGAUGCAGAUGAGUCUGACUCCCUGAAAGACGAGGAUGAGGAUGAGGAGGAAGAAGAGGAAUAUGAGGAUAAGGAUGACAAGGAUUAUACGCCUCCUAAAGCUGGGACAAGUCCCAACUCUACUGACAGUUCCAACCAAACAUCACAAAAGCAGACAGCUGAAACCCAUCUGCCGUUUUACCAGUGCAAGUUCUGUGUCCGUUACUUCAGAUCAAAGUCAUUCUUAAGAAACCACACCAAAAAAGUGCAUAAUGUUGCAGAGGAAGAUUCAGAUGCGAGUAUCUCCUCGCAGACAGCUAAGCAGCCCAGCUACACUGUUAUAAUGCACAAUGACCAUUCAAAAGUGUACUCCUGUCAGUAUUGCACGUACAAGUCUCCACGCAGAGCAAGGAUAAUGAAACACCAACUAAUGUACCAUAACAAAGUUCCCUCAGAGAGUGCAGGAGAUCCUUCAGAGUAUGCUGAAACUGAAGAGGAGUCUGACUCAGCUGGCGGGCUCAUGAAGGGAACGUUUGCCUGUGAAUGGUGCGACUAUCAGACUGACCAGAAGGACAGCUGGACUAGUCACGUGGUGAAGGAGCACAGUGACAAGGUCAAGAUAGUUUCCUGCAUUGCGGAGCUGGAAGGGGAGGCAAGUGCAAGCUCACCCAAACCAGAUUCUCCCUCCUCUUCCCAUAGCCCAACUAGAUCAAAGACGAGUUUUGCUGAUGUUCAUGGAAAAGAGGAGGAGACGGGAGAGAAAACGCCAGAAAACACUUUGGAGAAGUCAGUCCCAGAGCUCUCAUCCUUUCAGUAUGCGCAGAUUAGUGCAGUAACACCCAACAGCACAGGUUCAUCUAUUUUGUCCAAGAGGUUUGCUUCGUCCGAUGUCCCCAACAGUGUAGAUAUGGACGCCAACUUACUCAAUGAGGAUGACUCUAGGAGCAGCUUAGAGGAUGAUGACGAUGAUGAAGAGCUGGGCGAUAUAGAUGAUCCCAGCUAUACUGGAACCCUGUCAGCGGACGCAAAGCAGCUUUUAACUGAUGAGGAUAAUAAAUUACUGGAGACUAAAGGAAUACCUUUCAGAAAGUACAUGAAUCGCUUUCAGUGCCCUUUCUGCUCUUUCCUCACCAUGCACAGGCGGAGCAUCUCCCGCCACAUUGAAAACAUUCAUCUCUCCGGUAAAACCACAGUGUAUAAAUGUGAUGAAUGCCCGUUUAUUUGCACCAGCCCUCUUAAACUAGGCACGCACAAGCAGAGCCACAAUUCCUCAGAUUUAGAGACCUUGGACCUAACGAGUGAUAGUCCAGAACCUCAGAACGACAGUGCUGAAGAGCCAGUUAAUGGGGGUAAUGUAAGCUCCAAAGUCAAUGGAAAAAAGAUAACCAGCACACCGAAUGACCAGCAGAACCCUCAUAGGUGCACACUCUGCAGCUUUUCCACCACCACUCUGAAAGGUCUGAGGGUUCACCAGCAGCAUAAGCAUUCCUACUGUGAUGACCUAGAUCCCACUGUCUUUGAAAGCCAGCUGACCGACCAGCCAGACUCUGAGGCAGAUGCUUCUCCAAUCUUUCUACAAAAAACCCAGACCUCCAUUUUAGGACUUGCCACCAAAAAGCCCCUAGUAACAGGGAAAAGAGCCAGAAAGUCUAUUAAUGACUUGCCUUUGGACUUGUCUUCAGUCAAGAAGAGAACUAGAAUUGAUGAAAUUGCCAGUAACCUUCAAAGUAAGAUAAGCCAAAGCCAACAGGACAUGAUCAUAAAUCUUGAUGAUAUGGAUGACGAAGAGCAAGCAGAAAAUCACACCAGUGCUGAUAAAGAGGGUAGAGACCAUGACAGUAAAAAUCCAGUCUUUGCCUACAACACACAACAGCUUCAUGCAAGAGAAUCAGCUAUGUCUCAAGAGGGAGGUAGAAUAGGGAAAAGAAAAAGUAACCCCAAGUCAAAACCUAGAAACAUUCCCAUAUCUCUGACUCUCUCAGACGAUAGUGAAAACAUCUCUGCUGAUACUGGUGACAGUACUGUCCAAGAGAACAUUGAAUAUUCAGAGGAACCCGGAACUACACGUUUCUACUGUAAACACUGUGAUUACCACAACAAGUCAGCUCGUAGUGUCAGCACCCACUACCAGAGGAUGCACCCUUACAUCAAGUUCAGCUUUAAGUACAUCCUGGACCCCGAGGAUCAGAGUGCGGUCUUCCGCUGCUUAGAGUGCUACAUCGAGUACACAAAUUACAAUGAUCUACACCAACACUACAUGGAUCAUCACCCUGAAGCAAGCAAUGUGCUCAAUUUCAACCAACCACAUCUGUUAUACUUGUGCCGCUUUUGUUCAUAUACAAGCCCCAAUGUUAGGAGCCUAAUGCCACAUUACCAAAGAAUGCAUCCCACGGUGAAAAUCAACAACGCCAUGAUCUUCUCCAGCUACAUAGUCGAGCAGCCCCACAAAACGGGCGAAUCACAAACUCUGAGGGAAAUACUAAACUCUGGCCCCAAGACUUUUAACUCAGCCACGUCAACGCCCAGGUCCUCCUCCAGCCCAGUGCUGAAAACUGUUUCCAAGACCCCUGAAUCUAGCAGUGAGGCAGACACUAUUAAAGAAACAGUGAGUGGUAAUGUUGUUGUCUAUGACUGUGACGUGUGUUCCUUUGCCAGCCCCAACAUGCACUCUGUUUUGGUCCACUACCAGAAGAAACACCCAGAGCAAAAGGCGUCUUACUUCCGUAUUCAGAAAACCAUGAAGGUCAUGUCAGUGGAUCAGUCACAGCCUUCAGCCAACUCUUCGUUCAACCUCAGCAUGUCUACAUCUCCAAAACAAUCAAGUGCAGCUCUGUAUGGAUCAGAUGAAGAAAUGUACUACUGUAAACACUGCGUGUACAGCAACAGAUCUGUUGUUGGUGUGUUGGUCCAUUAUCAAAAAAGACACCCAGAAGUAAAAGUGACCGCAAAAUACAUCAAACAUGGCGCUCCCACCCCUGGUUUGAUGAAAUUAAUGGACGAAUUGCAGAUUGCAGCUCCCAAACAAUUUUUGAAGCAGUUUCAAAAUAAUGGUCACGAUGGAUCUAACAACUCAAGCCCUAAAACAGGAAGUGGUGAGAAAAGUGAGGAUGAGCUGUUCUUUUGUCAGCAUUGUGAUUAUGGCAAUCGCACUGUAAAGGGAGUGCUCAUUCAUUACCAGAAGAAGCACAGGGAGACCAAGGCCAACGCUGACCUUGUACGUCGUCACACUGCAGUUGUGCGGAGUCAGCGUGAGCGUGCCCAGAUGGUUCAGUCGGGUAGCGUCUCCACUGCUGUGGUCCCGCCCCCCCCUGACCCUGAGAAUGCUACGCCCCUGCGUUCCCUUAAGUGCAGACACUGUUCCUACACAUCUCCUUAUGUCUAUGCCCUAAAGAAACAUCUGAAGAAAGAGCACCCCACUGUGAAAGCCACAGCCAUGACCAUUUUACAUUGGGCAUACCAAGAUGGUAUCCUGGAGGCUGGCUACCACUGUGAAUGGUGCAUUUACUCCCAUGCUGAACCCCAGGGCCUGUUGCUCCAUUACCAAAGACGCCAUCCUGAGCACAAUGUCGAUUAUACAUACAUGGCUAGCAAGCUAUGGGCAGGGCCAGAAACCACCCAACAGCAAGGAGGCAAUAUGGAAACUAAACAUUACAAAUGCAGAGACUGUGCCUUUGAGGCCUGUACAAUAUGGGACAUCACCAGUCACUAUCAGGCAGUCCACCCCUGGGCCAUCAAAGGGGAUGAAUCUGUGCUCUUGGAUAUCAUCAAAGGGAAUGGCUCAGCUGAGAACAUCCACCAGCAGGUUGCCAAAGAACAAGCGUCUUUCAAUUGCCAGUCUGCUGACGAUGAUGGAGCACUGGUCAUCGCCACCCCACCUCAAGAAAGCAAUCCCCAUCCUCCCCACCCACGUCUUUCCAUCUCUAACAACCCAUAUCAAUGUACUGUAUGUCUGUCUGAGUACAACAGUCUCCAUGGUCUCCUCACUCACUAUGGAAAGAAGCACCCGGGCAUGAAAGUAAAAGCCGCAGAUUUUGCACAAGAGGCAGACAUCAACCCCAGUUCUGUGUACAAAUGUCGUCACUGUCCAUAUGUAAACUCUCGCAUCCACGGUGUCUUAACCCACUAUCAGAAGAGACACCCGUUAGUCAAAGUCACUGCAGAAGAUUUUGCAGAUGAUAUAGAGCAAAUCACUGACUUAAAUGAAGGAGAUGACAAAUGCAAAACUCAAAGGCAGGGCUACGGUGCAUACAGAUGCAAAAUGUGCCCAUACACACACGGGACGCUGGAGAAACUCAAAAUCCAUUAUGAGAAGUAUCACAAUCAGUCAGCUUCUGUUAUGUUCACUCCCUCUCUGACAAAUUUCUCCUCCAGUAAAGAGACAGAGCCAGUAGCUGAAUGCAGUGCUAGUAAUAUUUCAAGUGCAGCAAAAGUCCAGGAGGUCAGUGAAUUGGACCUUGCCCUGUCCCAGUUACCCAUCAAUAAGACAGAAAAACAUGCUGUAUUCAAGUGUCAGCUCUGCAAAUACUUCUGUUCCACCAGGAAAGGCAUCGCUCGCCAUUACCGCAUCAAGCACAACAAUGUCCGUGCUCAGCCGGAGGGCAAAAACAAUGUCUUCAAAUGUGCCCUGUGUUCAUACACAAACCCUAUACGCAAAGGUCUGGCAGCACACUACCAGAAGCGUCAUGAUAUUGAUGCUUACUAUACCCAUUGUUUGGCAGCUUCCAAGACUUUAAGUGAAAAGCCUAACAAAGUGAUAGCAGCCCCGCUCUCAGAGGGAGAAAAUUCAGAAAUGAGUGAGGACCUCCGUUUGGCUGUGGAGAGACGAAGGUGUUCUCUCUGCACCUUCCAGGCCUUCAGCAGGAAGAGCAUUGUCUCGCAUUACAUUAAACGCCACCCAGGUGUCUUCCCCAAGAAGCAGCAUGCUAGCAAGCUUGGUCGCUACUUUACCGUUAUCUAUGCCAAAGAACCAGAGAAGAUUGCCGUCGGUGCGAUGGCAGAUGAAGACAAGGAAGUGCUGGAGGUUCCCGUUGAACCCGAGCAGGACAGAGAGGUGGAAUGGCUGCCAUUCAAGUGUCUAAAAUGCUUCCGGUUGUCCUUCAGCACGGGUGAGCUGCUCUCUAUGCACUACAACGACCACCACAGCAAUGACCUGAAGAGGGACUUUGCGGUGUCGCCGGGUCCCGGGGACGAGGACUCUGAGUUGUACCAGUGUUCUCACUGUGAGCUGAAGUUCCUGGCUCUCCCAGUUCUGGCCAAACAUCUACUGAAUCACAAUGAGGAGUUUCAGAAGAGGGCCAUGAGGCAGGAGAGGAGGAAGCAGCUGCUCAGCAAACAAAAAGCCACGGAACUACCCGACACCAAACUUGAGAAGGAAAGCCCUGUAAAUAAAACUCCCAUAGGAUUCAGGUGUAACUUCUGCGUCGAGGUGCACCCCACCCUCCGAGCCAUCUGCAACCACCUUAGGAAGCACGUCCAGUAUGGGGAGGUCAAAGAGGGACAUGUCAAGCAGGAGGUCAGCGAGGUCCCCCUGACCCUGCCUUCAGAGAGUCUUACCAAUGGAGACCUGGAGGGGGAUGAAGCAGCUGGGGCCGACGGCCUCGAGGGACCCGUGGCCGCAACAAUGGGCCCAUCCUUGCUUUCCGCGGCUUCUGGAGAUGUCGGCAUUGCCGCGGAGACGGUUGACUCGGAAACGGACGGUAUCGAAGGCAGGGCAGCGGCCCUCGUGGCCGUGGCAAGGGCCUCCGCGUCGGAGGGCCAGCUGAAGCAGCGAUUAGCGGCGGGGGGUCACCCGUGUGCCCAGUGCGACAGAGUCUUCAUGUCCAUGCAGGGGCUGAGGUCCCACGAGAGGAGCCACUCAGCCAUGGCACUGUUCAGCAGAGAGGACAAAUACAGUUGCCAGUACUGCCAGUUUGUCUCACCCUUCAGGCACAAUCUGGACAGACAUGUGCAGUCUCACCACGGGCACCAUAAGCCCUUCAAGUGCAAGCUCUGCCCCUUUAAAUCUGCCUACUUGAGUCGCUUGAAGAGCCACCUGCAUAAGGCACACACAGGUGAGCAGCACACAUACAAGUGCUUGUCGUGCCCCUUCUCCUCCAUGACCAUCAGUCAGCUGAGGGAGCACUCUCUGAGAGACCAUGGUGAGGCCCUGACCCUCCCCAAACUCCGAGCUGCUACCCAGGCUGCUCAUGCCACCCUCAGGCCCUCCCGGCUGGCCAGUAACACAGAGCAGACUCCCUUGGCUUCAGAUGAUCCUUCAUACCUGGAGCCAGCGGAUGUUCGUCAGCAGCUCAGUCAUUACCAGCUGGCCUCCCGCAGUCAAAUGUCUUCCGGCUCAACACAUGGUGGCUCGAUAGUGGCUGACAGUCGACCAGACGGCGUCCUCACUUGCGAGUUCUGCGAGUUCAGCUCUGGAUACAUGCAGAGCCUUCGCCGGCACUACAGGGACCGCCACGGUGGCAAGAAGCUCUUCAAGUGCAAAGACUGUUCUUUUUUCACCUGCUACAAGAAUACCUUCACCAUGCAUGUGGAGGCUGGACACAACAACAAUGCACCUGAGGACCUCCCUAAAGACCUGCGCUGCCCUCUCUGCCUCUACCACACCAAACACAAGAGCAAUAUGAUCGACCACAUUGUCCUGCACAGAGAGGAGCGAGUGGCUCCGCUGGAGGUCAGCCGCUCCAAGCUGUCACGCCACCUUCAGGGCCUGGUAUUUCGAUGCCACAAAUGCACCUUCACAUGCUCCAGUGACCAAGCCCUGCAGCUGCACCUGCAGAAGCACGCUGAGAUCAAGCCUUACCAGUGCCAGCUCUGCUAUUAUGACAGCAGUCGGCGGAGUCAGCUAGAGGAGCAUCUCCGCCUUGAGCACAAGGUUAUCCGAAACUUUGAGCUGAUGGGCCGGGUCAACCUGGACCAGCUGGAGAUGAUAAAGGAACAAGGGAGCAGCGCAGAGGAGGAAGAGGAGAGGGAGAUGAUGGAGAUGAUAGUAGAUAGAAAAGUAUCUGCAGAUGAGGAGGAGGACGACGACGAAGGAAUGGAAAUUAUGGAAAACAUAGUGGAUGAACAGAGGGAGAUGGAAGAUGAUCAGAUAGAGGACAACAUCAAAGAGGAAGAAGAGGAGGAGGAGGAGGAAGAAGAGGAGGACGCUAAGAGGGUAGAGGAAGAGAAGCCUGCCCCACAAGAGGUCCUUGCGUCUCCUACCAGCAGCAGCAGCAAUUCUGGGCCGAGCAGUGCAGAGAAGCGUCUUCCCUGCGAGUUCUGUGGCCGCUGCUUCACCAACAGCCUCGAGUGGGAACGACAUGUCCUUCGACAUGGCAUGACGGUUAAUAACAGUCGGAUGGACACCAGCACCACUUCAGCAAUAGAGGCCUCAGCUUCAUCUUCCACUGGCUCCUCUGUCUUGAUGGACACAGGACUGGAUCUGUCCAGCAACAGAAAAGAGGAAGGGUACCUUGCUGAUCUUUCACUGAGAAGUCAAAGCCAGUAUGUAGAGGACAAAGAAAUGCUUGACACCAAAAAGGAUCAACAGUUUGGUUGAAGAGAUUGUGGCCUCUUGGCAUAUUGAGAUAGAAAACAAUAACAUUGGAUAGGAUCAGCACUGAGUUGGAUCUUAAAAUAGAACGUCAAAGGAAACAAAAAGAUUGAAAUGGAAAAAAAGUGACUUCUUAUGAGUUGGCACAUUAUUAGACUUUAGGUGUUACAUAUAUAAGUAUUAGGUUGUGCUGCAUAAAAUGGCUGAGCUCUUUAAAUGAGCGGUCCCCUAGGACAGAUCUUAAUAUAUUGGUAACCAAUAGUGAACAGAACUCUUUAUUGCUGACAUUCUGGUCAAAUCUACAGUGAAAGAUCCCACCUAGAUAAAACUAAGCUAUUUAUAAAGAAUUUUGUCCAAAAUGAUGAACUAAAUUUAGCAUUUUAUUAUUUGAUGCACCUUUUACACCCCCCCCCCCCUGCUCAUCCAAAACAGGGGUACUGUAAAUUUACCUAGAAGAAACAACAGAUAUGAAAGCAUUUACAACCGUGGCCCACUGUAGAGCUACCUUUUCUUGUUUCUUGUUGGAAUUUGAGCCUUUUUUCAUCUUAGCCUUGUGUUAAAUGUGUAGAAGUAUUCCUUGAGGAAGAGUCGCACCUUAUCUAUUUUAGCAAAUCACAAAUCAUGUUUUAUUCAUUCAUAGAAAUACUGACAAUUUCCCCCCAAUGUUUGUAGCAAAUUGCUAUAUUUUAGGUCCCUUAAUAUUAUACUACGUAUAAGCCUUCAGCCUGUGGCACCCUUCACAUUUUGACUGUACUAUUUUAUUGUCCAGUAAUUUCACUGAUAAAAUUAUGGGGAAGAAAAAUGGUAAUAGUUUAAAUGUCCUUUUCCCUGUAAGAUAUCAUGUUGUUUGUGAUCCAGGUUACCAAUAUCACAGUUAACCUGUGCAUUCAGCAGAUCAAAGUAACAACAGAGAUAUGUUCACUGUGUCAUGACUGUACCCAUAUGAAUAGGUAUCCGUUAAGGGUUAACCUGUAACAUAACUACAGGUUUUAAAGGAGCUAUUUGUAAGUUUUCAUUACGUAGCUGGUGUUAGCAUUAAUAGCUAUUUACUUCUCAGUCUAGAAGAAAUAUUGCAAGUUCAGCAUCAAACUUUGUUCCUUUAUUUGUUGAGCGUUGUCUCCAGCGAUGGAAAGCAACUGCAAUGUUUUGCUUCUCGUUUUAUCACCUCUUUUCUUUUACUGAAGUUGGCAUGCUAACCAGCUAGCCGCAGCCAACCAGCCUGUCUCAUUCUGAUAGCAACUCACUGUAGCUAGCAGACUGCUCUGAAGAAGCAGCACUGCCCAGGUUGCGUAUUCUAACUUCUUGUACUGUAAAUGCAACAAUAGCUGAAGCUGUUGGCAGGCAACCAUCACAAUCACUACCACCUGCUCCCGCUGAGCAACCGCAUUCUGUGACAGAGAAAACUUACAAAUAGCCCCUUUAACGGUAGUGGCAUCUUGACCAACAGACAGAUUACACUUGUCUUUUCAGUGUAAAAUAAGUAAUUGGAUGUACCAGGACCCAGCUCUGUCCACAUACCUUCAAUGAAAGAUGGUUACGAGAUCUCUCCAAGAUCCAUAUGAUGUGAACCUCUGGGUGUGGUUUGGUUCACUGGAUUAUACUGUGCACAGGAUCGGACCACACUAUGUACAGACCAGACAAGUGUCAACCACCAUUGCUGUGCCUUAAAAUGCAGUUCCUGUAAAGGCCACUAUAUGGCGUUAAUUGCUUUUUUUUAAAAAAGUUUAACUUUGAAGUAACUAGGAAAAUACCCAACUUCUCUCUCAAAAUAUAAAGUCAAGAUUUAUUUUCACAAGAAUUUAUGGCUUCAACAGCUGUUUUCACUCAUGCUAAUGUGUGCCUUAGCAGCAAUUUUGAGAGUCAUUAUUUAAUUCAGAUCAGAUUAGGUCAAAUUAGAUUCAACUUUACUGUAACAACAAAAUAUGGUUUAGCAGCUACCCAGAGCAGAACAAAGAGGAUGUUGAGGCUUAAAGUAUUACUUUGGACCAGAUUACCAAAAUAAAUAAAUAAAUAAAAAUAAAAAAGAGAAAGAAAAUAUUUUCUCAGUGGUAAAUGCUUCAGUUGAUUUGCCAGGGAUUUUGACAUAACCUUCUCUAAGAUUUCUGCUGCCACCCUUAUCCAGUGGAAGUGAAUGGAAUUUCAUUUGUUAUACUCACAGCAGUUUUCAUUGGAACUCUUUCCUACCAAAUAAAUUGUCCCAAUGAUAAUGUGUUCCUGUGUGUUCUGCUUUCCUAGAGUAAAGGGGGGUGCAGUUUAGGGAAAGAAGUGCUGCUGUGUGGGUGUGGGGUUUUAUCUGUGAUGAUGACAAAUGGAAUUCCAUGCUAAAUGGGUGUAUGUUCAGAGCCAUGUUUGCAUGAUUGUCAGGUGUUUUGGCCUUAGAGAGCCCUGGUGAUUACCUCAGCUCCAUCCAGGUUCCUCCAUAGUGUCCAUAUUUGGAUCUUCAGGCUCCCAAAUGACUGACAGGCUAACAUGAAGCACAACUCAAAUCUAGGCUUCAAAAUGUCUCAAGAAACCAAUGGCUGAUGCAACAGACAGGGCCAAGUUUUUCAUACAGUCUGUUGUCCAGCUUUGACAUGAUGGGAUACACUGAAAGGACAAGUGUAACUAGGUCAGAAAGCCAUAAAACCAUUUCUUUCCACAUAUAUAGAGUAUAUGUGCCACUGGGACUGUAUGUUGAAGAUUGACUUUAAAAAGGUGUCAAAUCCCCCAACUAAAACCCCUUUAAAUUCUCAUCCUGUAUUGACACAACUGUCAUAGCUUGCAUUUGUGUGCUUCUUUUUAGACAAAGUUGUUGUGUUAUUGUUGAUAUUGACAAAAGGCAGAGAUUGUAUUUGCUGGAAUUUGCUGCUUGAAUGCCCUAAAGCCUUAUAAGAAGUUAAUAGCAAUUAUGUCAAAUUUAUGUCCAAUUCCAAUGAGACCAAUAAGCGACGUUAAGCAGUCUGAAAUAAAGUGACUGGUAACCACAAUUUAGAAUUUGAAGAGGAACAUGGUUAAUCUAAUUGUGUUCUUGGUACCAAAAUAUUUACCAAGCCUGCUGUGUUUGCUGCUGUGAUUGUCUUUCCUGAGCAUUGAACCAUUGAUGGAAAUAGGAAAUCUGGGUUUGGACCAUAGAAUUUUAGAAUUCGAGUUCUAUGGGUGGAACCCAGAUAAACUACAUGUUUGCAGCCAUGUAUAGAAAACAAAACUACUUGUUAAGUGUUUGAACUGUGGUGUUUCAGAAAGGAUACUUUAACCCUUUUUUCCUUUAGGUGUUCUUAUUUUUAAAAAAGAAAAAAAAGAAAUCUAAAGAUGAUAGAUAACCCUUAGGGGCUUUUUGAGUCCCCAAUCCAACAUUAUUACGCUGUUGUACAAUGUCUGGUUACAAUGAAAAAUAUCUCCUUUUUUGUAAUGUAAUAGGAAUGAGCUGACAGGAAGAGCAGUGUGGUUGUACAAUAUUUAAACACAUGAAGGAAAAUGAUGCAGUUCUCUAAUAAUUAAUGGUCAGGGCUUUUAUUUUGAAGAAGAAUAUGUCAAAGUAAGAAACUAGGAAAAAAAUGAUUUCCUUUGGGAGCAUUUCCUUAAACUGCUUAGUCUUUCUGGGCUUGGCUGCCAUCUGGAUUCACAGUCAACCUAUAGAUCUCUCUGAGAUCUAGCUCACUCACAUCUAAUCCCAAAUCUGACACCCAAAUAUCUUCUGUCCGAUAAGGGCGGCUCACUUGCUCAAUGUUGACCUGCCCUUAGUCUACCCAGUGGGUGGGUACUGUAGCAGCCCCACUGUGCCCCUCAGUCCUUUUAAUAUCUUAAAAACCAGUUGACUUGGUGCUGAAUCUUAAAGCCCUCUUUCUGUUUUACAGGACCAGCUUGUAGCUUUUUGAAAGUAAAACUGUUUGAAAACUGUUGUUGUAGUAAUAAGCUUUGUAAGGCAGCUUGUUGCCCAGCUUGAUAGCCCAGUGUAAACCAGAUGAUAAAUUGGGACAAUCUGGGUAAUGAAGCUGUCAGCCCGAAAUUGUUUGUUGUUCUGUGAUCAUUUUAAUAGAACAUGACUAUGAAUCCCUCACUGUGUGCAGUCUAUAGACUGUAAUAUUCCCAGUUUACCCAAAGUUAAGCCCCUGCUGACAACACACUGGAUACUUGUAUAUAUGUUUAGUUUGUUUCCGAUGCAUUUCUCUUUUCAGACUGUUGUCUCCAUAGUUUGACACUAGAAUCUCUCCUUCUUGCCUUUCUUCCCAUAUAAAUCUGAUUACCUGAUGGUGGGUUGUGAUGUUGCCUAGAAUGAUUGUUUACAAUUUUAUUCCAUUUAUCUCUGGAUAUUCUGUAAAUAUUGUAAUUCAUUGUCUUUUUUUAACUUGAUAAUAAAGUUAUCAGAUAACGGUU